CCAUGCUCCAGAGGGCUGCUGGUUCCCAGAGACCCUCAGAGGUUCAGUCAGCACAGCCGGCACAGAGCUACCAUCUCCUCCUCCUCCUGGACGUGUGCUUGGAUUACUCAUGGGUGGGAGAAAACCUCGACGAGUUUUGAAGUAGCAAAGUUGGAGGUCUGGGAUUAGAAGAUAGAGGACCUUCUUCUUACCAGGAUCACAAACAGCUUUGGAUUUUUACCUGUUUGUUUUUUCACUGAAGCUUCUUAAAUUAAGGAAACAUUUAGAAACUUUUCCAAAGAAAGGCUGAUCCUUUUGAACCUCCACACUGGAACUUUCUUAGGGAUUUCUCUGAAUCCGUUUGCAACUUCUCCAGUAUCUGUCACUGCUAUUUCUUAUGGGAUUGUGUCUGAUGGCUCCACCAGUCAGCAUGCUGCUGCGGCUCUUCCUGCCUCUGCUGGUCAUUGAUGCGAUCUACGCCGGGCAGCAGUUUGAUGUCAAACCUCGGCAAACAUGGACUAGCAAGCAGGGAAGACGUUUAGAUGAGAUGCACUCCUCAGAGCAGAGCUUGUCUGAGAUGUUGGAUUUGGACCAGGACCAUCAGCGCCGCCUGGCCCGCGGUGCAGAUGAAGAAGAGCAACAAUCCACCUUCAGCCACUCCUUUGAGAACGAAUGGGUGACAACACCUCAGGUUACCGAGUUCAGCAACAUGACUAAAGUAGAAUCCGUGGGUAAUUCCUCCGACCCCCACGAUGCCCCCGGACUCUUCAACCCCUUCUACCCACUGGCAGAGAGCCUGUAUGUCGCCUAUGCGGUUCUGUUCCUGGCUGGUCUGGUUCUGGCGGUGGGUGUGGUGGCAAACAUGGCAGUCAUGUGCAUUGUCUGGAACAACUACUACAUGAGGUCUGCCUGGAACUACCUCUUGGCCAGCAUGGCCUUCUGGGACUUCAUGGUCCUAGUGCUCUGCCUCCCGGUCGUGGUCCUGAACCACCUUACCCACAGGAGGAUCCUGGGUGACAUCACCUGCCGAAUGGUGCCUUAUAUGGAGGUCGUGUCUCUCGGUAUCACCUCCUUCACCCUCUGUGCUCUGGGGAUUGCUCGUUUCCACGCCGCCACCUCCUCGUCUCAGUCAAAGGCCAGGCGGGUCGAACGCUGCCAGUCGGUGCUGCUGAAGCUGCUGCUGGUGUGGCUCACCGCUGUGACGCUGGGCAGCCCCGAAAUCUUUCUGUGGCAACUCACCCAAGCACUUUCCCCGUCCAGCAGUCACAUGGUCGACUCAUGCACCAUCACGCCGUUCUCUCCUCUGGCCCUCUACCUGCCCGACUCCCUCCACUCUCUGCUGCUCAGGUAUCACCAGGGUCGCAUGUGGUGGUGUUUUGGCUGCUACUUCUGCCUUCCGGUGGUCUUUACUAUCCUCUGCCAAAUGGCCACCCGCAACGUGAACAGCGACUCCAACUCCACCCAGAAGGCGCGUGGCCUGGAGGACCGUUCUGACGGGCAGAAGCGUCAGCAGCACCAGGCGGUGGAGCACCAGCUGAACUGCACGCUGCUGGCUUUAGCCGUGGUUUACGGCCUCUGCGCUCUGCCUGAACACGUCUGCAACAUCACGCUGGCCUACACGCACAUCACGGUUUCUGAGGACACAGCCUCUAUGCUGGCACUGCUGCAUCACUUCCUGCUUUUCUUCAAGUGCUCCAUAACUCCUGUGUUGCUGCUGUGUUUGUGUAAGGCUCUCGGUCAGGCUUUCAUGGACUGCUGCUGCUGCUGUUGUCAGGAGUGUCAGCCAACUGCAGCCCAGGGCUCGCCGGGCUCCACCCAGGCCAAGAUGAAAGCCGCUAACGAGACGUCUGUCUUCUUUGACAAAGCUAAAGACACAUCAGUCAUUCAGUCCAUUUCCAGUUAGAGCCAUAAAUCCUCCAUCAGUCUAUUGUCACCUGACCAGUCUUAUUUUAGUCUUUACUCACAAAUUUGCUUCUCAUCACAUUUAUAUUAGCUGUAAACAUUGAUUUUUUUCUCUUUCUACAAAUUCAUUUUCUCUUUUUCUCUGAUUGUGACUAUAAACAUUGUUUGUGCGUCAUGGUUUUUGGCCCACGAGGAUGCAGGAUGGAUUCUCACAGCUGUCAAUUCAUCCAGGACUAAUGUUUAAUUCGUUACCAGCUAAGAAAAGUUGCUGUUUCUCCCACCUAGCUGUGACAGACCUCCACUCUCAGCAGACCUGGAUCCAGGAUUCCCUGGAACGAGGCCCACCCGUGACUGCACUGACGUGUGAUACUGUGAAGUUUAUGUGCCUUUUUGUAAAGUCAUUAAAGAAAGGGAUGGUGCUGAACAUGAAAAUCAGGGCAAGUUCAACUUUUAGCCAAAAUUAAAAAGAUGUGAGAUUAGAACUCAUUUAGGCCAACACGAAUCCAUAUUAUAGUCUGUGCAAAAAUCAUGAAAUAAAAAAAAGAAACUCCCUCUCAAAGCUUAGACUUCCUAAGAAGGAAAAAGUUUAAUGUUUUUCAUAAAACAUCUGCACCUGUGAAUAUCUUAAUAUGCCUUCAAUAAAAAAUCUCAUUGGUGAUCAUUGUCAUCGACAAGAAAUGCAUCAGGAAUACUGUAGGUCGAUUCCAAUUUAAAAUAAAGGAAAUAUUUGAAAUUAGUGGAAUUUUUUUUCAUUCUUCUGUUUUUGAUUAUUGUCUGACAUCUGUGUUUUAAAGAGUUGGCCAGCUCCUGACACCUGGAUCAAGUAAUCCAGCUAUUGUGCUGUAUAUGAGAACUGGACUGAGUGACCCCUCCCCUUCGCAUUCUAAACAGGAAGUACCUGCUGACUCCAACAAGCUAAAAUCCCAUAUUCUAUAAAUAAUUAAACAGCUAUUACUCAGUCAUUCUGCUUGAGAGAAUAGCAAUUCGUGUUCUGAUACUUUUUAAAUACAUUUUCUUGCUAAUCCAUGUUUUUUCAGGAUAUUUUUUUCUUUAUCAUCAGUUAUUCAAGUAAUAAACUGACCAAUCACAUGCCUCAGUAAAAGCAUGCGGUGCCCGCUGACCCCACCUUGAACGUUUGAUUGACAAGCCCUGCUAUUGGUGGAAGGGGUGAAAAUCUUGUUCCUGAUUGGUGGGAGUGGUUGCCAUAGAAACGUUAACUAUCACUGUCACCUGGCUCCAGCAUGGAAACAUCUAUAUAGUGGAAAAUAGUGACUGAGCUGGCUUCAUUUUGUCAGUUCCAGAAACAAGGCUUUUUCUAUGGGUGACGUCACACUAGCUCAGUCCAGUUCUAUUAUAUAGUCAAUGACUCGGACUGACUUGGACCAAUCACUGCUUAUUGGUGGUUUCUGGUUCCAACAUGGCAUUGUCCUUUUGUGAAUAAAUGGUGACUUAAGUAACUUCAUAUUAUUGGAACCAGAAGUAAACCAUUUCUAUGGAUGAUACACUCAUUUGGUCCAGUUCUCAAACACAGUCAAUGGAUUAUGAGACAGCAUUCUCUAAUUCAUUCAUUCAUUCAUUUUCCAGACCGCUUCGUCCCUUCCGGGGUCGCGGGGGUGCCGGAGCCUAACCCGGCUGCUGAUGGGCAAAGGCGGGGUACACCCUGGACAGGUCGCCAGUCUGUCGCAGGGCGCAUUCCAUAAUUAUCUUUAGCAAAAGCAUUUCUGAUAAAAGCUCAAGUUUUCUAUUUAAUGAUGGCAUGCACAUCUUAUGUCCUUUAGUUGGUCUGAAAACAAAAUAUGCGAACACUGGAACCUUUCGGCUUCUCGGUUUAAAUUCACAGUGUCCUUCAGCAUGGAUCUGUCUCUCCAGCUAUUAAACUAAUUCAAAGCUUUGGAGAUUUGCAUAAAGGUUGUUUUAUUUAAUCAUUAAAUGAGAAAGGAAGUUAACCUAAAAAAAAAGUUUUUUAUUUUAUUUUAAUAUUCAGAGUCUGAAGAUUAAAUUACAUUUGUGUUUUUAACGUGACAGAGUGUGAAAACUCAAGACUGACCAACAAAGGAGAAAAAUGUUUCCCCAAAAUGAUUCAAGCCUUAACCGUCCUGAGAAAAAACUUUAGUCCGGUCUAUUCAGUGUCUAUUUCUAAGUUCCCUUAGCAUCAAUCGCAAAUAUUAAGAGAACUACAAGGACAAUUUUCAGUUACAUUUAACGUAUUGAGUGUCUGUCAGUAUGACGUUAUGUUUUCAGCUCUUCAACCUUGUCUGUAAUUGUAGAUGAACAGUUUUUAACAUAUCUUGUAGAUGCUUUGCUAAAAUGUUCAGCUAAAUCAGAAAAGAGGUUGUGUGAAAAAUGUUCUGUUUGUUCAUGUUUUGUAAGAAGUAAUCCAUGUACACAGUUAGACAGCAAUGAUUCUGUUGGUUUUGACAGCUACUCUUAUUUGUGCAAACUCAUUGUAAACAUAUAUUUUUUUUGGCUAUUGUUUCGAUCUUCAUCUCUAGAUUUAAAGUUUGAGUUUUCCUGACGCAGGUUGGCACAGACUUUGAUUUUUUUUUUUUUUUUCAUUAUUUACUUCUUAAAAACAUGCAAAGAAUUUGAUGUAUUUGCAGGAAACAUGCAAGUAUUGAUCUCUAUAUUCAACUGACACUUUAUACCACAGGAGGAUGUAUGUUAUGUGAAUUUAUCUUAGAUGUAAAAAUAAAUAAUAUAAAAUGAGUGAAGUAUCUGCGACCCCAGCAGUAGAAGAGUACCCACAUUUGUCUCGCUCUGCUUUGUUGGUGUCCCUUGCAAAACAAUAAAACUAUUGUUGUUGGGUUUUAUGCA